AAACAACAAAAAAACAACCAAUAAUGGCCGAAAGCAUGCAGAAGCGGGAUGAUGAUCUCAUCUGUUCGAUAUGCAUGGAAACAUUCCGGAAACCAGUAAUGCUACCCUGUCAGCACAGUUUCUGUAGGGAAUGCAUUGAUUCGUAUGCUGGCAAGUUCAAACAUGUAAAGACAAACGAGAGCCCCGGCAGCACUGGGUAUGAGGACGUUCAUCAGUUGAUAGCGUGCCCUUUGUGUCGGGCAUCGACCAGUCUGGGGAAAGAAGGUGUGGCUGGUCUGCCUCCUAACUUUCAUCUAGCAGAAAUUGUGGAGAGGUUCUCAUCUGGUGUAAAUGUUGAGGAUGACAUCCCAUAUUGUUCUCUGUGUGAGGAAGGUAAUCACGUCAGAGCUGUCAAAUUUUGUACCAACUGUGGUGUGUUCUACUGUGGGGACUGUCUUGCUAUUUGUCACCCAAUGAGGGGCCCUCUGAAACGUCACCAACUGAUUUCGUCCCAGGAGUACCUCUCCCAGGAAACCUCACAGGGUCAAGUCAGCAGGGACCACCAAUCAACCCAGCAGCCGUCGUGUGCGAGACAUGGUCAGCCAUUCGGCUUGUACUGUGAACCGUGUCGGAUGGUGAUCUGUAUGGGGUGUGUGGUUGAGCAUCAGGGACACGCUAUGCGGGAUAUACCAUCAGCAGCUGAGAAUAACAAGCCAGCUGUUUUGAGCAGGACUAAUGAACUGGAGAAAGUCUUUGGGGAAACUAAGGAAUCACUGUCAGGAGUUCUGAGGCUGCACCGUAAGAUACAGGAAAACCAGAAGCUUCACACUCAGGAGGUAGAAAAGGCUUAUCGUGCAGCCUUGGGAGCCUUACAAGCCUGGAGGCAGCACUCCUUAGAUGGCUUAAAAACCAGCUAUUCACAGUGGAGUGUCGAGUGCAGCGCCAUAUUCAAACAUUUACAGCUACAGGCUCAGGAAAUGGAGAGGAUAGUACGGGCUUCCAAAGACUUAUUAGCAUCAAUGGACGUGGAGUUUUUGCAGGGUUCCACGGACUUCACCAAAACAACUGAUGACCAGCUGAAAGGGGUAAGAUCAGAACUGGAGAAACAUGAGGUCAGCAGACAGAAGCUUCUAGCUUCUGUACAACAUGACCAAGUUGUUCCUAGACAGGUGACUGUGAAAGAAACAGUGCAAGAAUGUCAGGACUUAGAAGCAGCAGUCGGUGGACAAAUAUCUCCCCUACGUGUUACAAGUAAGUUCUUAUGUAUAAAAGGCAUACAGUAGGGUGUGAUUAGACGACAUAAAGAACUGAAGUGUUUACAUUAGUGUGUGCAUCGAAGACACAAACAAAAAUGGAGAGGACGAAUGGCUGUCUACUUGCAAAACACACGAUAGACUCUGUUAAGAAAUCAAACCGAUAUGUCGUGGGCGUGCCAAGAAAAUGAACAGUAUUCCAAGACAGACGAAAGUGAGAAGAGUUUGCAAAAAGUACAGAUAGUAUAAACCAUACACAAUAAUGUUAGGCAAGAGAUAGGGUAGGUAAAAGGAUGCUAACUAAUGUGAGGUAUACAGUAGUGUGUGCCCGGAAUAUACAAAUUAUUGUCAGAUAUACAGUAUGGUUUGCCCAGAGUACAGUAGGAUGUGCACAGAAGACACAAGCUAAUGUGAGAUAUACAGUAAGGUGUGCACAUAAGACACAGGCUAAUGUGAGUUAUACAGUAGGAUGUGCACAGAAGACACAGGCUAAUAUGAGAUAUAGAGUAGGGUGUGCACAGAAGACACAGGCUAAUGUGAGUUAUACAGUAGGAUGUGCACAGAAGACAGGCUAAUGUGAGAUAUACUGUAGGAUGUGCACAGAAGACACAGGCUAAUGUG